AACAAGGCACACAGUUCUUCAGUGACAGAGUGAAAUGUUAGAAGUUAAGUGAUGAAUAUCUGGUUGUUGAAUUUAUUGUGAUUUUUUGCUUUUCAACUGAGUUACACCAUUUAUUAAUAGUGAAAAACGAUUUCAAAGUUAAAAUAACCUUGCAAUAAAAUGUUGGCCGAAUUGCUAUUCUACGCAAUAAUAAGUGGAACAUUGUUCUACAUCUUUUACAAAUGGGCGACUAUUAACAGAGAAUAUUUUGUGAAACGCAAAUUGAAACAUGUCGAACCGAAUUUCUUGAUCGGAAACUUGCUUGGCUUGUUUUUAAAAAGACACCGACCAGCUGAGUUUAUGGAUUCACUUUAUUAUCGUUAUCCAAAUGAAAAGUUAAUUGGGCUGUUUGAUAUGCGGGUACCGAUAUAUUUGGUUCGUGAUGUAGAUUUGAUACAAAAAAUCACAAAAAAAGAUUUCGACAACUUCGAAGAUCAUGUUGCGUUCAUUGACAGCGAAUCGGAUACGCUAUUUGGACAGAGUUUAUUUUUGAUGAGUGAACAGAAAUGGCGUGAAAUGAGAGCUACACUCAGUCCAGCGUUCACUGGGAGCAAAAUGCGUCACAUGUUUGAAUUGGUUGUUGAGUGUGCGGAUGAUAUGGCCAAAUAUUUAGUUAGCGAAGCAAAGCAAAAACCGGUUCGAUGGGAAAUGAAAGAACUCUUCUCUCGUUACACCUCCGACGUGAUUGCGUCGUGUGCAUUUGGUUUGAAGGUCGACUCUCUCAAAGAUCGUACAAAUGAAUUCUUCACAAUUGGAACGAAUAGUCUUAAUUUUGGCUCAUUUGCAGUGGCGAUGCGCAUGCUGCUCAUUCGAUCGAUGCCAAAAUUGAUGCGUGCUAUCGAUUUUGAAUUUUUCCCAGCGCAUGUCAAACACUUUUUCAAGUCGAUGGUUCUGGACACGAUGGCAGAGCGAGAGAAAAAACACAUUGUCAGGGCUGAUAUGAUUAACAUUUUAAUGCAAGUGCGUAGCGGUAAUUUGAAGCAUCAAGUUGAAGAAGCGCAUGAUGAUGACGCUGGUUUUGCUACGGUCAAAGAAUCAAACAUUGGAAAGGGGCCUGUGAAACGAUCAUGGACUGAUGAUGAAAUCGUUGCGCAAUGCUUCAUUUUUUUCGCAGCUGGAUUUGAUACAGUCAGUACACUCAUGUCAUUUUUAUCGUAUGAACUGGCUAUCAAUCAAGAUGUUCAAAAAACAUUAUACGAAGAAAUUCGAGAGGUCAAUAAAACUCUAAAUGGCACGCGUUUGACGUACGAUACACUUUCAAAAAUGAAAUACUUGGAUCAAGUGAUUUCAGAGGCGCUCCGAAAAUGGCCACCAGCCAUUUUUACAACACGAAAAUGCACAAAAGACUAUGAUUUGGAUUUGGAUGGCAACAAGGUUUUGAUUGAACGUGGCAAUGUCGUGUUUCUUCCAAUUUGCUCUAUCCAUCACGACUCAAAAUUCUAUGAAAAUCCAGAACAUUUUGAUCCGGAAAGAUUCAAUGACGAGAACAAACAUAAAAUCAACCCAGGCGCAUAUUUACCAUUCGGAAUCGGUCCGCGCAAUUGUAUAGGUUCACGGUUUGCUCUAAUGGAAGUAAAGGCGUUGUUCUUCUAUUUGGUGCUAAACUUUAAUAUUCAACCGUAUGAGAAGACACAAAUUCCAGUACAGAUAGCAAAAUCGGCAGCAAAUUGGAUCACCGAAAGAGGAAUACAUGUGGAAUUUAAACCGAGAGUCUAACCAAUAUGUUUCUUGAUUUGCUUGAACAAAAAUGGCUUCCAUUUUAAUACAUAUUAUUAACAGUGCUUACAGAAAUAUGAACAAAUCCAUUUAAAAUAUAAUACUAAAAAUAAAAAAUGCUUACGCAUUUUUCAACAUUA